AUGCUCAGCCUUGCUUGGACAACUCUAACUGAAACUAACUCAUUGUGCAUCUCUAGCGAACAUGUGCCCAAUCUCACAUCACUCAUACGCGUCCUCUUAAGACCUAGAUACAGCCAUAGACACGGUAAUUACAUCAUGAACCCGCCCUCGAAUCCGACGCCGCCGCAAGAUAACAAAAAAGCUGAAAUCUCAGGCCCCACAGAUGACGAAAUUACCAUGUUUCCAGCGCGUGAUUCGCACCAGCGCUCACAGGCGGUGAAAAGCUCAGACAGACUGCCUCCGCCAACGUCGAACCGGCCUAUACCGACUCCACAGCCCAACAUUUCACGUACACCGGCCCCUGGGCGUUUUCCGGCGACUUCGUCCCUCAGAGUACCUCCUCCUGGUACAGGCACGGUUGGAGUAGGUGGACUCACGCAGCCCAGUGGAGCCUCCAAGGCACGUGAAAAGGUGGUUCUACAGCCUGGUUACUCACCUCUAGAUUGGGCCAAGCUGCGGAACUCGGGAAAGAACCUCAGAGGAGUCGAUACCAUGGGACCAGUACGUGUGACCAAGGAUAUGCUAAAGGAACACCGCAGCAAGGAGGAUGCAUGGAUGGUACUGAAUGGCAAAGUGUACAAUAUCACGCCUUAUCUGAACUUUCAUCCUGGAGGAGUGCCAAAGUUGAUGGUUUGUGCGGGCAGAGACGGUACGAGCUUGUUCAUGAAGACUCACGCGUGGGUCAACUAUGAGAAUAUCUUGGACAGAUGUUUUGUGGGGUUCUAUGUGGGCUAG